AUGGCUAACGUGAGAGCAGGUGCACGGACGUCUGGCGAGCGGGACGCGGGGCCGAGGGGCCUCUGGCAGGACCCUCCACGUUCUGUUAGUGCAUCUGGUCGCGUGUACCUAGGCCUUCGGCGGGCCAGGGUAUGGUGUGCGGGCAGCGCCGAGCACGAGCGCACGCACGCCCUCGACUUGGCUCACUGGGACCCUAGCCACGCUUCGACUGCCCUGUACCCGGAACCUAAGGUAGCAUCUCAGUAUCUCAGUAGCCAGUGCCUAGCAGCAGCAACAGCAAUGGACAUGAUCGCAGACAAAGUGUCUACCCACGGCAAGUUACUCGAGUUGGGUUCCAGUGUGAACCUUAGAAAGGUGAGGCACCUAGCUGCAUCCAUGGCAGUGCAUGUGCCCACGCGCAUCCACAUCGACCUUGAGGGCCCUUCUUCGCCGGGAUGGGAUGCAAUCCAAAUGCUGGGUUCUUUGAAUGAAAAACGUGCUGGCCCGUCCAUCCUGACGCUCGCCGUUCCAGGGCUGUCUGUCGAACACCGCAGUGCAGCGCACCGCAGCGCGUAGGCACACUGCCUUUCGACAACGAGAUUUGCGAGUGGAGAAUCGAUCUAGACAGCUGCCGUCCAAUUGACCACUGCGCAAGCUUUAAAUCUUGCGCCGUAACGCUCGCUAUCGACACACAUCUCCGGCGGCUUCGCUCUCCGGGCUCGACAAAAUCCGCCCCCCCCCCCC